AUGGCUAAUGAUGGUGACGAUGACAAUGACGAUGCACAGCAGCAAAUAUCGGUGAAGCCUCGCGAUAGUUGUCAGCAUCUGCUCAAUGGACGUGUGGCCUUGCAUUACAUUUGCCACAGUUACAUUAAUGAGGAGAUCUUCGUGAAGACACGUUCGAACCUAAUCAAAAAAGGCGAUCCCAUGACGCUGUUCAUCGAUGAUAGCCAAACAAUAUUUUUUGCCACCAUGGAAUCAUCGUUGCAUUCGUGCAUCAAGCUACUCAUCUUACAGCGCAAUGUGGUGCAAUGCUUUGAGGCUGCCACACAAUCGAUAAUCCAAUUUAAUCGAUCGCAACUCUAUUGCUUUCCCUAUCAUCUAUAUAUUGCUGAUAUGGCGAUGGACAAUUGUGACGUAGCCAAUCGGAAGUUUCACAGAGCCAUCGUUGGCAAGACGUCGCGGGCAGCUUUGCACAUUGCGAUAGAUCAAAAGAUGUCUCGAGGCGUGGUGAAUACACAAAUCGAGAGGCUAAAGUUGCUGCUCACAGUGUUGCUACUCUUCCGAGUUUAA